AAACAAAAGAACGAAUAAAAAUAAGAAAUACAUCAAAUAAAACACGCAUAGAAAGUGCAACAAUAACAACAGCAUGGUCAGCGCACGAAUGCUUCAUCCAGUGGUGCUCAGCGAGCUCUGCAAGAUGAGCUACAGUCCAGCCAGUCGAUUGCAGUCGCCCUGUGUCCGCCAGUUGGACGUCAAUCGCAUUAAGCGCAAUCUGUUUGGUUCAGUGCCGCUAACAGAAAACAACCCUAGCUUCUUUAGCGCUGAGCUGGAGCUUCAGCAGGAACGAGCCUCGCAGAAGUGGGGCUUUGAUUUUAGGGCAGAUCGCCCGCUGGCCAGCAAUGCCAGCUACAACUGGCAGCGCGUUAGUUCGCAGGAGUCGACUUUUGCCCCACAGAUGUACACCCUCACCCGCGCCGCUCAUGUGCGUCCGGCGGCUGGACCGGCAAGCGAUAUGGAUGUGUUGCUGAACGAUCGGGCAGAUCGUGAGAACUCGGCGAAUUCCUCGCUGGACGCGAGCACGGACACCGAGUACGACUCGCAGGAUGAGUCGCUGAGCUUCAAAUGCAGCAGCAGCAGCAGCAUCAGUGUGGUCGCCUCCACCUCUGCAGCCGCAUUGAUCGCCUCCGCCUCCUCCUCCGCCACCGCCACAACCUGCAGUUCGCCCGCGCAGCAACGCAAGCGACAGCUUAAAAUCACAGAGUUCAUGAAGGAGCGCAAGCGACUGGCCCAGGCACCCAAAAAACUCUCACCCGCCAAACGUUUGCGCACCAGCUCCGGCAGCAGUAGCAGCAACGCGAACGCCACCUCCGUCGGAAGCCUGCUGAAGCGCACGCGCCACAACUAAAACACACUAAAACAUGAACACAAACAUCAAACACAACCUACACGACCUGCAAUUUGUAAUUUUAUUUUUAAUUUUUUACAACACUGCAAAGGGCAACAUAGGUAUUUUUUACAAACACGAUACACGAAACGAAACACACCAAUACAUUUCUAUAGCGUAAAUUUUAAGUAGUUUUCACAUUGCAUUUUUUUACAUAUACAAAAUUAACUACUCAUUUUUGUGCAGUGCAAGGGCGAAAGUUGCGAAUAUUAACUUAUAGUUUAACUAGUUUAUAUGCCAGUUACUACAACCAGUACUAGUACUAGAACAAAAUAGAUACUUAGCUUUAGCCAAGUAGCUGAAUCGAGCUAUAUGAAACUUAUUAGAUUUCUCUAGUGAGAAAUGCCAUAAACUAAGUGAUUAGUUCUUAACAACUACAACAA